AUGUCGCCCUGCACAUAAAGCGCCUGGAAAGCGGCAGUUCACUGUGCUUCACUGCUGUUCUCAAUCUACUGCGUUGUUUGUGUGCUGAAGGUCUCAGGUUGAACUUGAAUUAAACUGAAGUGGUGUGUAGACUUGCUGUUUGUGUUAAUAAACUGAGAGAUGAGCUCCAGUGGCCUUGCUCCAUUCACCAGCCGGGAGAACAUCUCUGCUCAGGGCAGGGUGGAUGGCCCUCGUGUGAAGGUUGGACAAAGAGUUGUGCUGGGUGUUUUGACUGAAAAUGAUCACCACAACAGAAAUAACCAGGGUGUUCCAGCCAAACAUGGAUCAGCUCUGCACAAUCAAAAUGAUGCCCCGUCAUAUCGGCCUGCCUCUGUCCGAGUGGCUGAACUAGUUGAGGUGCAGGCUGCAAAACCUACCAGAGAGCAGUCAGGAGUUUCUCUUCAUCCUUCAGAGCUCCAAAUUUUGACUGCUGUUAAUGACUUCACUUCAGGGUCAAGUUUGGAUGCUUCUAUGCAGUCCCUGCCAGAGGAAGAGCCAGACAUUUCUGAGGAUGUUCUGUCAGUUGCUGAGUAUGCAGAAGAUAUCCAUCGUCACCUGCGGGAAAGUGAAUUGAGGUAUAGGUCAAAGCCUGGUUACAUGAGCAAGCAGCCAGACAUCACCAACUGCAUGAGGGUCAUCCUUAUUGACUGGCUGGUUGAAGUUUCUGAGGAAUACAAGCUAUGUUCUGAGACUGUCUAUCUGGCAGUCAAUUACUUGGACCGCUUUCUCUCCUGCAUGUCUGUCCUCCGAGGAAAACUGCAGCUUGUUGGGACUGCUGCCAUUCUUCUGGCUGCGAAAUAUGAGGAGAUUUAUCCUCCAGAGGUGGAUGAAUUUGUCUACAUCACAGAUGACACCUACACCAAAAAGCAGCUCUUGCGUAUGGAGCACCUUAUGCUCAAAGUGCUGUCCUUUGACAUGACUGCACCAACAAGCCACCAGUUUUUGAUGCAGUACAUUUUGGAGGGAUCUGUCUGUGUUAAAACUGCAAAUCUUGCUUUGUUUAUUUCAGAAUUGAGCUUGCUUGAAGUGGAUCCCUUUCUGCAAUAUCUGCCAUCCAUGAUUGCUGCUGCAGCUUAUUGUUUGGCAAACUACACUCUCAACAGAGGAUUAUGGCCUGAUUCUCUGCAUGCCUUUACUGGAUACACUCUGGCAGUGAUUGCCCCAUGUCUGAUCCAGCUCCAUCAGCUCCACCUGGCUGCAAGAAGUCGGCCCCAGCAGGCCAUUUGGGAGAAGUACAGGAGCACAAAGUACUGCAGUGUAUCCCUGAUUAAACCAGUGGAGUCAUUGCCACUGCACUGAUGUCUAAUUAAUCUAAUGAAGACCAAAACAUCAGCGCUUACUUGUCUAUAUGUAAAUACUGCAUGAGCUGUUUAAGAUUUUUAAACCUGUUUUAAUUUUUAUGUGAUUUUUAUCAUAAUUCAUAAAAUGUCAGCAAAAAAUGCAACUUGUUGCCUCUAGUGGAGGUGUGUGAUGGGUCAUGGGCCUGAAUUCUAUUAUAAGCCCUAGACUGUCAUGUAGAAUCAUGGUCUGUGGACUGCCUUUUUUAUUUGUUUCCUUUUUUUCUACAAUAAAUGAAACAAGUUGCCA